GUGCUGCUGAAUAUCGGAAUAAAGAUUGGAACACAAGUAUUUUUUUUUUCUUACGGGGUCAUUGAAGUAAGCGGAAUCAACGUUGUUUUCGUUCUGAUAGGAAGAAAAGUUAAAAUAAUCCGGAGAAAAUUAUUAAAACGCUGUUGGAGACCUCUUUAUAGAUAACGCUAAAUAAAAUAUGGGUCGCAAGAAGAAGAAGGCUUCCAAACCCUGGUGCUGGUACUGUAAUCGUGAAUUUGACGAUGAAAAAAUUUUGGUGCAACAUCAGAAGGCAAAACAUUUCAAAUGCCACAUAUGCCACAAGAAAUUGUACACGGGUCCCGGUCUAUCAAUACAUUGCAUGCAGGUCCACAAGGAAACCGUUGACAAAGUGCCAAACUCAUUGCCCAAUCGAUCCAACAUCGAAAUAGAAAUUUUCGGCAUGGAUGGUAUACCUCCGGAAGAUUUACGAGAGCAUGAACGACAAAAGAAUGGUGGUAAAUCGGACUCAGAUGAUGAUGAGCCAGCGGCGAAAAAGAAAGUGGAAUAUCCCAUUGCUGCUGCACCGCCAAUGAUGAUGCCGCCAAACAUGAUGCCCCCACAUUUAAUGAAUCAGUACGCUCAAUACGGCAUGAUGCCACAUAUGACGGCAAUGCCGCCAUUUAUGGGUCCCGGCGGAAUACCGAUGGUACCGCCUCACAUGAUGCCGCCACGACCUCUAUUUCCCGCCGCAAUGGCAGCCACAACUUCAGCUGCCGCUCAUGCAGCCAGUCAAUUUGCGGCAGCACAGCAGAAGCCAACGUUCCCUGCAUACAGCAAUGCCACCAUAAGUGCACCGCCAACAACAAACAAUCCCAAUGCUGCAGCACCACCUACCACAACAGCAACUACAACCUCAGAACCAGCUAAAACUCAGGUGGUUACAAACGCCAGUGGCGUUACAUCAAAAAUAAUGCAUCCACCUGAAGAUCUUAGUUUAGAAGAAUUAAAGGCACGUAAAAUACAAAGACUUAAGAGUAGCAAUGCAAAUUCUGUAAGCACAUCCAAAUCUUCGGCAGCGACAUCAGCAGCCAAUACUGUGACUGGUGGCAAUAACAGUAGCGGCGGCAUAGUUAGCAGUAGUAGUAGUGGUAGCAGUGCUAGUGGUGGUCAUGGCUAUUCAUCGAGUUCGUCGUCUUUUACGACAGCUCCGUCCUCCAUAUAUAGCAGCAGUAGCGGCGGCACCCACAGUACCACGACAACAACAUCCUCAGUUGGCACAUCGUCAGCAGCAACGAAUGCAGCCGCAGCAGCUGCCGCAACAGCAGCGGCCAUAUCCAAGGCACAGGAAGUGAGUUCUUAUUAUAGAUAUAAAAACUAUAGUCAAUAAAUAAUAACAUUAAUAAAAAAGACACAAACAAAAGGAAACAGUUGAAUCGAAAACUUAAGAACAAACUGUAAAAACGUAUAAGAAAAAGAAAAUAUUAUUUUAAUACAGGAUCGAGUUUUUGAUUUCACUCUUUUUUUUUCUCUCUCUCUUAACAUCGACCACAUUCGCAUCGGCAAAAUGUCAAAAGAUAGUAGAUUAGAUUUCGAGAGUUGUAUAACAUGACGCGGGAUAUAUCUUCUCAAAUUUUUGAAAAUAGAUUUUGAAAUUACCCAAAUGGUUGGCAAUAAUGCAAUUAAAUGAAAUCAUGAAAUACUUUUUGUGGGACAUGUUUUGAGUGUGUGUGUGUGUAAGACCCUAACUUUUCAAACUAGAGUCUUUUCAUAGAGGACUAAUAUACCUUAUUGUGGUAUCGAAGAAUUAAUAAUUUUAUGUUUCACAGAACUGUGAAAUUUCGAAAAAAAAUUUAAUGUAAAAAUGUCCACACGAUAUGGUCCACGGUUCAUGUUUUUCUCUUUUUGAUUUUCCUAAGAAAAACCCUUGAGAACAUCAAUAGAAAGAAGUCAAAUCUGUCUAUAUUCUAUUAUAUUAAAAAUUCAUGUUAUAUUAAAUUAAUAAUAGAAAAUAUUAUUAAUUAUAUCAAAGGGAAUCAUUAAUGGAUUCAUAGAAGAGACAUAUUCCAACGUCAUGUUAGACAACUUUCAAUGUUAGAUCCGUAUUUUAUAAAGACAAAUCGACAAUUGUACAUUUCAAUUAUUCAUUCUAAAUAAUUUUUAUCCUUUCCCCUUUUCAAAUUAACAUCACAAGCUUUAAUUUGUGUUAAUAACUUUUUUCCCUUUUAUUUCGUAUAAGAAAGUAGACGAUUAGGUUAGGUUUUCUUGAAUUCGUAGUUUAUUGAAGAGGAUCAAUCAAAUCGGAAAUCAAAAUGAAGUGUUUAGUCAACAUUUUUGAAUGUUUAUAUUUCCCUCCAAAGACUUUCAAGUGAAGGAGAUGAUCAUAUGAACUGCAUGUAAUGGGGAGUCUUCUGGAGUGCUUAAGCAAUCAGAAUUUGAAAUAUUUAUUGGAUUUAGUAAGAUUUUGUAUCGAUAAUCGGUGAAUUUUGGCGCUUCCGACUGAAUUUAGUAUAGAAAUAAGUAAUUUAAAUUUGAUGAAAAUCGGUUCAAAUAUAGCUAAAGCUCCCAUGUAUCGAUAUAUAUAUCGAUCAACUCCUUCUGGUACCUCCCCAACCAAGGAUCAAAAUUUUGAAUAUUCAUGAAGCUCAUAAAACACGAAACAACAUCCGAUUCCAUUGAGACUUGGUACAUCUCAAUAUUUUCAUCGACACAAGAUAUUAGAGAUCAGACCAGUUCUUCUGGUACCUUCCCCACAAAUUGUCAAAAUAACUCGAAAAUAACAUCGAUUCUAUUCUAAUUCUAUUCAUAAUUAAUGCAUAUCAAUAUUUCCAUCAACACAAGAUCGCACCAUUUCUUCUGGUACCUUUCCCACUUAGGGUUCAAUAUUUGGAAAAACAAAACGCUCAAACAACUCUCUUCAUAUUUCACAUUUCCAAAUAUUUUUGCUAACGUAAGAUCCCAACCCCUUCUGGUACCUCACCCACAAAGGGUCACAAUUUCUAAUACUUAUAUCUGUCAUAACUUGCGAAACUUUUCUUUACAACUUGCUAUAUCGAAUUUUUUUUCUUAAACAGAAAUCUGAUAUGAAUAUGAAAUUUAUCGGAAUUUAAGAUUUCGCAUUAAACUGGAUAUAAAUCUUCGAUUUCCUUCAAAUAUUGCAAAUACCAACAAUAUUUUUAUCUGUAUUAAAUGAAGUAUGAAAAUGGAAUAUUAUACCUCUAUAUCUGUUACCUCACGCAUAUUUCCACAUUUUCCAAAAUUUUUGCACAUAUGAAAGCAGACGAUAAAGUCCAAAUCUGGCACGUUGUAAUAUUUUUAACAGUCUUAGGUCAGAUACAAAUUAGUCAAUAUUGGCCAAUUGUUUCGGAACCUCGAAUCUAUUUAAAGUUGCACUUAUUUGUCCACAUGUUUUGUGGAUAGUUGGAAAACUUCACUACCAAAAAUAAUUGACACAGAUCCAUAGCAUUCAUAUAUUUUAAAACUUUUAAUCUUAGGGAUUAGGAUUUAGGACUGGUUUUUUCAGGAAAACAUUCAAGAUUUGUCUUGUAUCUUUUGGUAUUUCAAACUUUGAUUCAUUAUUCCUUCACGAUAAUAUUUAAUACGUCCGAAUUUAGCAACAUUUAUAUUGUUUUGCUCAUAUCUGAUCUCUUCAAGAAAUUCAUUGUCUUGCUUUUUUUAAAUCAGAUUAUUUGAAAUAUGUAAAAAAAAAAUCCUUCAAAACAUCCUUUUCCAAUAAACUACGAAUUCUAGAGAUAAUAUCCUAAUCGAAAGAAUUAUGUUACAAAGAAGUUCAUGGCAGGCAUUUAAAAUAUUAACAAGAAAAUAAUUUAUAAUAAUUAUUUCAAACAUUCAGAAUAUUCAUUCAUUUUCAAUGGAUGUAAAUACACAGCUAGCAGCAGCAGACUUAACUUUUUUUAAAUUUUCCUUUCUUUCUUUCCAAAACUAAUAAAUACAGUUUUUCUGUUUGUUAUUUAAGAUCUAAUAGUAAUAGCUAUAAUAUUGUUGUAGUUUUGAAAUUUUGCCGACUCAAAUAAUUAACAAAGACCUUUUCCCUUUCCUGUUUUUUUUUUUUCAAAUCAGUUACAUUUAUUUUUAUAUAUAAAUAAUUAAUUCUUUUUUAUCUUAAAUACAUAACAGCAAACAAGCUAUUAUAAUUGAAAUAUGUGUGUGUGUAUUUUUUAUAUUUUACAAAAAAAGGCAAAUUUUUAUUGUGAACAUAGAAAAACAAAAAAAAAAAAAGAAAUUAAGAACUUUGAGAUUUAAAUUAUUACCAACAACAACAGCAAAUAACUUAUAUGGAAACAAAAGUAAUACAAAAUAAAAAAAAAACAACAAUAAAAGUCAAACCGUACUAAAAAACCUAAACAAAA